AUGUUCUCAAAUCUAAGCUGGCAGGACAAACAGGCCUUCUUCGCCCUUCUCGACGAGUACUUUGAGUCGCGCCCGCACCUGCGCCCCGACGCUAGCGCAGGCGCCUCCUCUUCCGCCUCGGCACCGCCCGUCUCAUUCUCCUCCAGGCCCUCAUCCCGUCCCACGCCCCCGGCCGCUCCGGUGCGGACAGGCUCCAACGCGUCUGGUAUGUCGAGCCCGCCCGAGCACUCCGGGGCUGCGGCGACGGGCUCCGCAGCCACGACAGGCAGUGCGCAUUCGCGGCAGUUGGGUCAGGCCAAAGGCGCGUUCAACGACGGCAUGCACAAGGUUACGAACAACAGUACCAUCAAGGCGGGCUUGGGGAAGGUCGGCGCUGGCGGGCUCGCACACAAGUUUGGUGGCGGGAGCACAUUCAAGCCGACGGGAAACGUCCCCGGUCCCGGAGAGCGAAACCUUCCCCCGGCGCCUACACGUAGUGUCGUCGGACCGCCGCCGCAGCGUAACUUCGGCAGCGCCAAGGGGGAUACUGGGGCGUGGGCGUCGGAAUCUCAGCAGGCGGCCCCGGCGCCCGUGUACAAUUCGGCGGGGAGCGCGCGGGCGGUGUACGACUUCGAUGGAGGGGACGCCAACGACCUGCCGCUGCGUGCGGGUGAGGUCGUCACGAUCGUCGCCAAGACGUCACCCGACUGGUGGACGUGUCGCAAUGCCGAGGGACGCGAGGGCCUCGUGCCUGGCAACUACAUGACCGAGCUGUAG